UUCUUCGUCUUGCUAUUUUGUUACACACGACGGGUGUGCGAAGGUUGUGAUUCAUUAGAGAUUUGUUAUUUUGAUACAGUCCAUGGUCUUUCACUGCAUUCUACUGAAAGUGUGAUUAUCCUUAACCCAUUUGUGACAUCACAUCUAGCUAUAAUAUAAUGCUGCGUAGUGUUAAGUUUGGGAGGAAUGACGUGGAAAUUGCAAUGACAGUGAUCUAAAAAUAAGGUCGUUGGCGUGGCGCGACCACGACGCGCACUCCUCAGUCGAGGACUAACCGUCGCGAGUUUCAGUCGAACGAUUACGAGCAGCAGCCAUGGUUUACGAGAGUGAUUUCUACACGACGCGCCGGCCAUAUCGGCCCUCCAGCUACAGCGUGUCGCCGUUGACGUCCGUGUACUAUCUCUCAUCCCUUCUACCGUAUUACAAUAUCCCGUACGUAACGUACAUACCGAAGCUGUCCCAGGCUGAGCUGAUAUACCGUCCGACAACUCGCACUGUUACCCGACUCGUCACGUACCCCGAAGCGCCACACCACAUCGUACGUGUACGCGUCCGUCCUUCUGUGAUCCUGAAGGAGCUCGACCGCAUCGCAUACCUCCGCCGUCCAGCCACCGCCAUCUCCGGUAUCGACGAUUACUACAGAUCCGAAUCUACUAGGGCUUUCGAGGACGAAACUCGUCGGAUACGUGCUGAUACUGCCUCACUGUUGCAGCGCGCUCGAUCUGUUGUUCCUCGCGCAAAAACUGUAGCACCGCUUGACACUAUCUACUCGUAUUCAUAUGGAGAGCCAGUGCCUUACCGCUUCAGUAAUGAUGCGUAUAUCGCCAAGCUGCUGUUACCCUUGCGCAGCGUUGCUGACAACAUUCAUCACAUUUCAUUCUACACAGAGCCAGCUAAAAAGUUUACAGGACGCGGCCACCUCGCAUGCGUACACUAUUCCGGUAAAAAGGCCUUCUCCAACCGCAGGCCUCUCUACAAGGAACUUAGCAUCCGGGACGACGUGAACCUUCUCUCGUUUUACGCGAAGAACAGACUUGCGGCCGCGGGUUUGGCCGUGGAAAAGGCCGCAGUGAAACUCCUUCCCUGGAGACCCAGCCGCAAGUUUCAAGCUCCUCAGAAGAUGGAAGAUCCUGAUCUGGAAUUGAAAGCAGCUAAAGCUGACCGUGAAGCGAGAUUUAGAGCCACAACAGCUGAGCCCGUCCUCACACCUGCUGCUGAUCUAGCUGAAAUUAAGAGAAAAAGACAAGAAGAAGCUCGAGCUGCGGAAGAAAAAGCAUUAAAGGAAGAAGCGAAACGCGAAGCUGAACGUAAAGCACAGGCUGAACGUGAGGCAGCAGAAAAGAAACGAGCAGAAGAAGAGGCUCGCAAGGCUGAAGAAGCAAAGCGUAAAGCGGAAGAAGAAGCCAGAAAAGCCGAGGAAGAGGCAAAACGCAAAGCAGAAGAAGAAGCUGAAGAAGCUCGUAAGGCUGAAGAAGCUAGAUUAGCCGAAGAAGCUCGUUUAGCAGAACAAGCUAAGUUGGCUGAAGAGGCUCGUUUAGCAGAAGAGGCUAGGCUAGCUGAAGAAGCCCGUUUAGCAGAAGAGGCUAGGCUAGCUGAAGAGGCUCGUUUAGCAGAAGAGGCAAGAUUAGCCGAGGAAGCUAAACUUGCAGAAGAAGCUCGACUAGCUGAAGAAGCUCGAUUGGAAGAGGAACGAUUGGCUGAACAGCGAAGACAAGAAGAAUUGGCGAAAUUAGAAGAACUAGAACGCCAAGCACAAGAAGAACGUGAAGCUGAACUCGCGAGACAGGCUGCCGAAUUAGCAGAAAUUGCGAGACAAGAAUCAGAAUUGGCAGCGGCUCGUUUGGAAGAACUUUCACAUAGUGGCUCUGCAGGUGACAACGUUGCCGCUACUGAAUCUAGUGAAGCAGCUGAUGAAGCCGAGCCUAUCGUAGAAGAACCUGCAAGCCCUGAAUUUGUUCCCGAGACUCCCUUACAAUCGGAAGAGGCCGCAGAAGUCAGCGAAGACGAAAAAGCGGAACCUGACGUUACUGACGAAGAAUAAUCGUCAAAAUUACCAAUCCUAUUAAUUUUAUCUAACAUUUUCUUGAAGUAACGACACGUAUUAAUUUUCUUCACAGAAAAAAUACAAAUAAAAUCAUGAAUUUUUCAAGUGCGAAAUAAUAGACUAGAUAUUUUCUAGUUAUGCAUUUCUUUAAAAUUAUAUCUUAUUAUACUAUUCAUUAUUCGUUUAGAUUUAAUAAAAUUCACAUGAAUAAUGUAAUAGUAAAAAUGGUGGUACUACAAUAAGUAAUUACCUAUUUAUUUAAUUGUUAUAACUUUCAUUUGCGUAAUAUAAUUACGUGACAACGAGAGGACGGAUUUUGUUUUAUUGUGAAUAAUACUACCAUUGUUAACAAUGUUACGUUUUUGCUGUUCUAAGCUAAGUGUUUUUAUAAUGUUAUAUUUUGUUAAUUUUAACAAUAAAAGACAUAUUAACAAAA